GGGGGACCCCGUGAGGCGUGGGAGUGCCUCGCCAGCGAGCCAUCGAUGUCUCUUCCCAUCCGCGGCGUGCGCCACGUCAUGGCGCACACCAUCAGCACUGAGCCGCGGGCGGCCCUGUCGGAGGACGCCGUCGAGGCGGUCCAGGUCUGUACAGGCGAGUUCCUCAGCCUGCUCGUCAGCGAGGCCCGGCAGCGCGUGGCGCGCGAGGGCCGCGACGCGGUGACCGAGGCGGAUCUGCUAGCGGUGCUCAACACGCUGGGCUUCAGAGGCUUCACCGACUCGCUCAAGAGCCACCUGCAGCGG